AUGGACAGUAUUAUUUUUGAAAAGCUGAAGGCUGAGCUGCUGAUUAGAUCAUUUCUUUUGACUCACACAGUCAUACUAUCAGAGCACACAAGUUGGUCGCGUCGGCCGGCUCAAGUGACCAACCAGGUGACAUCUACGAUUAAUUGGGUGAAUCCGCGUGAAAAAUACUUGGUCAAAAUGAUAAAAAGUCUGUAA